UCGCCUUCUUCAGUCUCAACCCUCUCAGGCUCCUGGAAGAGGAGGGACAGUACAAGAGAGGAACUGGGCGGGGGUCCCAUCGCUGCGCAUCCCAUCCGGGGUUUGAUCUGCUGCCUCUGUCCCCCGACUCGCCCACCCUAGAAUCCGGCCAUGAGCACACCUUUCAGCUCCGGCAUCUAUGUGAGCCGCAGACUGGCCCUGCUGCUGGCGGGACUGACGGCUGUGCUCCUGCUGGUGCUAGUGGUUCUGGCUGCCCUGUAUGGCAACUGCGCGCGCGUCCAGCCUUCGGAGCAGCAUUGUCUCGACUUAUCUCCUCCUAGUGGCCAGGACCGGACGCCACCGACCCGGACACCAGAGACUGCACGUGAGCCAAAGGUGGCCACCACCCCGCAAGACUGGCGUCCACCGUCGGGGCCCUGGGAUCAUCUCCGCCUGCCGCCCUGGCUUGUCCCUCUUCACUACGAUCUGGAGUUGUGGCCUCGGCUCCGGCCAGAAGACGGGUGCACACCGAAUUUGACCUUCACGGGUCGCGUGAACAUCACUGCGCGCUGCACAGUGGCCACCUCGAGACUGUUGCUGCACAGCUUCUUGCUCAAUUUCCAGCAAGUGGAAGUGUGGGGUCCCUUGGCCCUGGACACUAGAAACGCCACUGUCGGCAAGGUGCUGGUGGACAAUGCGUGGUUCGCGCGCGACAUGCAGUAUGUGGUGCUGGAGCUGGCCCAGGCCUUGGGGCCAGGUAGCACGUAUGAGCUGCAUUUCGAUUUCUCUGGCCAGGUUCUUCAGGAAUUCUCAGAGGGGCUUUUCCUGAACCUCUACACUGAUCAGGAUGAGCUCAGAGCCCUGAUUGCAUCUCAAAUGGAACCAACAUUUGCCAGGAAUGUUUUCCCCUGUUUUGAUGAGCCAGCUCUGAAGGCAACUUUUAAUAUUACAAUUAUUCAUCACCCUGAGUAUGUGGCUCUUUCCAAUAUGCCACAGCUAGGUCAGUCUGAAAGAAUCGACGUGAAUGGAAGCCAAUGGACUGUCACGACCUUCCACACCACACCCCGCAUGCCAACUUACCUGGUUGCACUCACCAUAUGUGACUUCGACCACGUCAGCAGAACGGAGAGAGGCCAGGAGAUACGUAUCUGGGCCCGGAAAGCUGACAUUGCAAGUGGAAAGGCAAACUUCGCUGUAAACAUCACAGGUCCCAUCUUCUCAUUUCUGGAGGAUUUGUUUGAUAUCGAUUAUCCACUUCCAAAAACAGACAUAGUUGCCUUGCCUUCUUUUGACAACCGUGCAAUGGAAAACUGGGGGCUGCUGCUAUUUGAUGAAGCAUAUUUGUUGCUGGAACCAGAUGAUGAUCCAAUAGCGAAAAAGGCUACGAUCUUGGCUAUCAUCUCCCAUGAGGUUGGGCACCAGUGGUUUGGAAACCUGGUGACCAUGAGCUGGUGGAACCAUAUCUGGCUCAAUGAGGGCCUUGCAUCUUACUUUGAACUUGGAAUAAUUAACUACUUCUAUCCUAAACUUGCAAGGGAUGUGAUCUUUUUUUUCCGCACUUUACAUGGUGUUCUCGGAGAAGACCAUGCCCUGGAGUCUAGAGCUGUGUCCACUGAGGUGGAAAAUUUCACAGAAACCAGGGAAAUAAACGAACUCUUUAACCUAUAUACUUACAGCAAGGGAGCAUGUAUGGCCCGGAUGCUUGCUGGUUUCCUGACCCAGAGCUUGUUUAUCGAUGCUCUUAAGUCAUAUUUGGAGACAUUUUCUUACUCAAAUGCUGACCAAGAUGAUCUGUGGAGUCAUUUUCAAAUGGCCAUAGAUGAGCAGGCUGUAAUCCAUUUGCCAGCCACAGUAAAAAGCAUAAUGGACAGCUGGACAUACCAAGGUGGCUUUCCAGUCCUCACCUUGAAUGUGACUACAGGUGUCGUGAAACAAGAGCCAUUUUAUCUUGAGAAGGUUGAGAACCAGACUCUUGUAAGCCACAAUCACUCAUGGAUUAUCCCUAUUUUUUGGAUGAAAAAUGGAACCACGCAGCCUUUAGUCUGGCUAGAUAAAAGCAGCAUGGUAUUUCCUGGGAUGAAACUUUCAGAUUCUGGCAGUGACUGGGUGAUUUUAAACUUCAACAUGACUGGAUAUUACAGAGUUAAUUAUGAUGAGUUGGGCUGGAAGAAGUUAAAGCAACAGCUUGAAAGGGAUCCUAAGGCCAUUCCUGUCAUUCACAGGCUGCAGCUGAUGAGCGAUGCUUUUGCCUUGUCUAAAAACAAUUAUCUUGAGAUUGAGACAGCCCUUGAUUUAACCAAGUACCUUGCUGAAGAAGAUGAAGUCCUAGUAUGGUUUGAAGCCUUGGUAAACUUGAUAAACAGGAAAGUUAUUUAUGAUGUGAACAACUAUGCCUUCUACCCAUUAUUGAAGAAGUAUUUACUAAAGAGACUUAACUCAAUAUGGAAUACUUACUCAGCUAUAAUUAGAGAAAAUGUGGCCGCAUUACAAGACAAUUAUUUAGCUCUACUAUCACUGGAAAAACUUUAUGAAAGCGCCUGUUGGUUAGGUCUGGAAGACUGUCUCCAGCUGUCUAGAGAGCUCUUCAGAAAGUGGAUGGCUCACCCAGAGAACAGAAUACCUUUACAGAUUGAAAGAGUGGUUUUAUGCAAUGCCAUUGCUCUGGGAAGCUAUGAGGAGUGGGACUUCUUGUUAAAUUUUUACAUCAAUAAAACACAGGAGCAUGAAGACAUCUAUCUUCUUCAUGGGAUGAUCUGCAGUAAAGAUCCAUGGAUACUUAACAGACUUAUGGAGUAUGCCAUCACCGUGUCUCCAUCCCAUUUUAAUGAAACAAAUAUCAUAGAAACUGUGGCAGAAUCUGAAGUUGGCCGGUACGUUGUGAAGGACUUUGUGAUCAACAACUGGGCAGCUGUGAGUGAAAGGUAUGGACCAGAAUCGCUGGAUGGUCUAGUGGGGGUCUUAGGGAGGACUGUAAGCACAGACCUACAGGUUAUGGAGUUGCAGCAGUUCCUUAGUAAUGUGUUGGAGGAGCACCAGAGGGUUGCGGCUCACGCCAAAUUACAGGCAAUAAAGACAGAGAAUCUGAAAAACAAGAAGAGAAUUGCCAGGAUGGUUGAGUGGCUUCGGAAAAACACAUAAUUUGUGGCCUCUUGCAGCAUGCUUCCUACAUUUUAUAAUCGUGUUUACUCUGUCUUCCAUAUUUAGUGACUCUGGAAAACCACAUGUCUCCUUUUAUUUCGGUUACAUUUUCUGCUCAGAGGCAUGUCCUUCCUGUUUUCACAUCUUGCAACAAGGGUCAGUGACUGCUGAGGAUUUUGUCAGCACUGCCAUAUAUCUGGGCACACUUCUGCUUCCCAUCAAGGGAUAAAGCCACUGAAACUACUUUAAGUGCCUUGUAAAAAAAAAAAAAGCACAUUGACCUAUGAAAGUCACUUAUUCUGAUGUAAAUGCCAGUGGAGCAUUAAAUAAGUGGCCUUCAUGGAGAGCACGUUCUAUUUAGAUGGAAAUCCAGACCCGGAAUACUCUCUGCCUUAUUUCAUUUGAAAAUGAAGGAAUAAUGGGAAUAUAACACGGCAGUGUCAAGAAGCAGAAGCCAUAAAGAAAUGAGAAGAUCUACCUGGACACAGUGCAACCAAAGAAAGCCAAAUUUAAGUCACGUCUGAGAAACAAGGAGUGGGCAAUUUCAGGAGUGACUUCAAAUGCCCCAAAAGCAAGACAGUUUUUUUUACCUACUCUCUCUCAUGAAGUGCCUAUGACAUUGGCACCUACUGUUUGGUGGUGUCACAAAAGAACAAAUGAGGGUAGAAUCUGCAAACCACCCUAAGGAUCACUCUGGAUGGGAUGAAUGCUCUGCCUGAGGCUUUGUGUAUUCACCUGUGGAUUGACAUCAGAGUCCCUGAUGUCAAGGACAGUAACAAUUGCAGACUUUCCUUCUGGGCUCAGAAAAAUUUCCACAUGAAGAGAACCAAGUGUCAAGUGAGAGCACCCUCACCACUGUUUUGUACUCAGGAGAAUAAAUGCAAUUGGCCAAAUUGAACCUACUUGUAAAGUGGACCAAUGGACUUUAAAGAGUCAUAGGUUGUGAUACAUGUAAUGAGCUUAGUUUUGUUGAUGAAAAAUGGGGCAACAAAACACAUGCCUCCUGCUUUACACACUGUGUAGCUCAUCUAGUCCUUUUUUCUUUACAUUGUUGGUGUUUUUGAAGAAUGAGGGUAAAAAUCGUUUCUCUCCUAUCUACCUCAUAGUAUUGUAAAGAUUAAUGAAUAUGGUAUCAGUGAAAAGUCUUUAAAACUUCCUGACAAGACUAGACGUUUAGAAGUUUGCUUUGUGUGACUCUGUUAAUGAGAGGAGUCACGUGGCAAGGUAACAAUUCUACUCCAGGGACAGAAAGAGGUGACAGAAGUGGUAAAGAGCACAGAGAAAUCGACAAGGGAAAGAAAAACAGGCCGUGAACUGCCACUUCACCCACGUGUGUGUCACAGAGCACGUGCGCACACACACACACACACACACACACAGUCAUUAUUUAAAAUUAACACCACAUGAAUACAAAAUAAACAUAAGUCAUUCUACAUACAACUAUUUAUAUGAAACUUGUAACAUCUCACAUUACUAAAACUUAAAUGUCUCUCAGUUUUCUGGAGAAGGUUUCGUGUCUAUACUUAGUGAAUGCAAUAUACAGUUGGUGUGCUAAUCAACUUUCUCUACAACAUACUAAUGCCUAAACUCGUAUGACCGAUAAGAAACCAUUUACAGACCCAGAAGUUUCAAUUAUACAACACCUUGCAUGGGGCUGUACAUUUGCGUUACUACUGUAAUUUAAAGGAUGCAAAUAAAGAAUUCUGUGCUGUGCUAGGUGUCCACCUGGCAGCUGCCGCUGGCUUGCCGCCCCCUCACCACCUUUCUUUUUAGAGAAAAUGUAAGCAGAUGAAUAAAAGUUACUUUGACUUGA